AUAAUCCUCUAGGGGGCGCUCUGACACUUCAGUCCGCCGGUAAAACCACGAAGAGAGAAGAAGCUGCUGCACUGAGACGAUGUUGAGCAUGAAAGCGCAGAUGGACGUGAUCUGCUGUAAAUCAGUAGGAACUGAUCUGUCCAUGCUGGAUAUUGAGGAUUUCAUCAGUGAAAUCUGUCAGCUGAAGAAAGAGGUGGCGUCACUGGAGGCAAAGCUGAGAGAAAGAGGAGACAAACCCAACAGAGAGGAUCUGGAGAAGGUUUCAGUGUGUGUGACUGACGGGACAGAAGCUCAGGAUUCAGUCUGGAGAUCCAGAGACACACAGGACUCAGAGCUCAGCCUCACUUUACUGUGUUAUACUGACGCUCAGGAUCAUGGAUCCGCUGAUCAAACCUCUGACUGUAACGCUGGAGAACAGCAGAUGCUGCAGACGCCGCUGAAGAUGUGCUCCGUCAAACUGGUGGACUGCAGGAACCUGAUAGAGAGCAAAGGAGAAAAAAACACAGCAGAGGAACAACAACAGAGACACGAGGAGGAGGAGGAUGGGAUUGAUGAUUAUAAUAAGGAGGAGGAUGAAGAUCAGAAUACUAAUGAUGAUGAUGAAGGAAACGAUGUUGAGGAUGAGAAUAAUGGAAAUGAUGAUGACUUCAUUCCUUCAGAUGAGAAUGGCAGUUCAGCUUCUUGUGAAGAAACAACCUCAACAUCAAAAGAUCAGCUGAAGGUCAAGAGAUUUUCCUGCUCCACCUGUGGGAAAACAUUGAGCUCAGAGGGACAUUUAGCGAGACAUGAGAGAACACACACAGAACAGAAAGAUUUCACCUGCUGGAUAUGCAACAUCAGCUUUCCUACCUUAGAAGAGAGGAAACUUCAUACAAAAGAGCACAGAGUGAAGAAAGCGUUUCACUGCGAACAGUGCGGGAAGGAUUUUUUCACCACUCCAUCUAAAAUGAGAAAUCACAUAAAGACACACAGCGAAAAGACUUUCCAAUGCAGCGAGUGCAACAAGUAUUACAGCAGCAAACAGAAUCUUGAUGCUCAUAAGCGAAUCCACACAGGUGAAAGGCCGUACAAGUGCCCUCACUGCGACAAGAAUUACAACCACGGAUCCCAUCUGAAGAAACAUGUGCGUGUUCACACCAAUGAGAGGCCAUACCAGUGCAGCGAAUGUGGGAAAACCUUUACAAACUCAAGCUGUUUAAAAACACACCAAAAAAUACACUCUGAGGAUAAGCCAUAUCAGUGUUCAUACUGUGAUAAAGGAUUUCGUCAGACAUCUCAGUUGAAAGAGCACGAGAAGAUUCACACUGGAGAGAAACCGUUCCUGUGCUCCUACUGCGGGAAGAGCUUUGCUCAUUCACAUCCUUUUAGACAACAUCAGAGGAUUCACACUGGAGAAAGACCGUAUCACUGCAGCGUUUGUGGGAAGAGUUUCAGGAAAUAUGAUACCUUACAAAAUCACAAGAGGAUUCAUACAGGAGAAAGACCGUACAAGUGUUCUCAGUGUGACAAGACUUUUGCUCGAUUAGGCAUCCUGAAGACCCAUGAGCGAGUUCAUACAGGAGAGAAACCUUACCACUGCUCCAUCUGCGGCGAGAGAUUCGCUUAUUUAGGUAGUUUUUAUACUCACCAGAAUAAACACGCUAAAGAACAAAUGAUUGUAUCUUAAACUUGACAGAACUACUGAAGCCUCAAAAUAAAAGUUUUAAUAAUAUGA